UAUUACCAGUUGAGAUAACACGCCUGAAUUAAUGAUUCAAAUGACGUAUGCAUAUUUUUGUGACCAACAAGCUGUUUCGCAAACGCAAACUAAUCGGAAUAUUUUAUUGCUAGUUGCCCAAAUGAAAGAAAGUGUUUGUUUGUCAUCAAAUAAAAUAAUAUCAAAAUAAAAGCACUCCAAACAUUAUCUACAUACAAUUUUAACAAAAAUGUCCUUUUUAAGUAAUGCCCUAGGUGGGAAUCCGUUUUCCAGUCCAGUGGGAAGCCGAAUUGAACAAGCCACAGAUAGUACCCUUGCCUCAGAAAAUUGGGCUUUGAAUAUGGAAAUUUGUGAUCUGGUAAACGAAACUGAGGAUGGUCCCAAAGAUGCAAUUAAAGCUAUAAGGAAACGUUUGCAACAGAAUGCUGGCAAAAAUUACAUAGUUGUCAUGUAUACUUUAACAGUACUGGAAACAUGUGUUAAAAAUUGUGGAAAAAGGUUUCACAUACUUGUUUGUAGCAAAGACUUUAUACAAGAAUUGGUAAAAUUGAUUGGACCAAAAAAUGAUCCACCGACAGCUGUACAAGAAAAAGUUUUAAGUCUGAUUCAGUCAUGGGCAGAUGUAUUCAAAAAUCAACCUGAACUGUCAGGGGUUGUGGCAGUAUAUCAAGACCUUAUCAAUAAAGGAAUUGAAUUUCCACCAGCAGAUUUAGAUGCCAUGGCACCGAUAUUGACACCUCAAAGGAGUGUUGAACCAGAAGUUCAGCCAGUUAGAGAAGUUGUCAGUGUACCUCAAGUAUCUCCACUACAUGCUCCUGUGCCCACCGGGGGGACUCUCACUCCUGAACAAAGAACAAAACUACAAUCUGAAUUGGACAUUGUGCAAACGAAUAUGGCAAUUCUUGGAGAAAUGUUGAGUGAAUUUCAACCAGGCAAAGAACACCCCGAAAGUGAACUUGAACUACUUCAAGAUUUGAAUGAAACAUGCCACAAAAUGCAAGAAAGGCUGGUCGAUCUUAUAAGCAAACUGUCAAAUGAUGAUCUAACAGCUGAGUUAUUAAGAAUUAAUGAUGAUAUGAACAACCUAUUUUUGAGAUACAGUCGGUGGGAGAAGAAUAGGGAAGCAGGGGGACAAGCAGCAGCUUCAGCCGUUCUUGCUAAAGCUAUGGGGCCCCCGCAAAACGCAGGCGUCACUGCUGCUACCCCACAGGAUGACAGUCUAAUAGAUUUUGAGUCUAAUACCCUUUCAGAUAGACUCAGUAAACUUGACAUGUCUAGUAAUAGUGCGUCAGCUCAACUGGCCAAAGUAGAAACUAUUUCCGCAAAAAGUGGCCCCAAAGGGGACGAUGAAUUUGACAUGUUUGCCCAGUCUCGAAAUGUCUCAUUUGAUAGAACAAAACCAGAUAGCAGUACCUAUAAAGAGAACAGGGAACCUGAUCAGAUAUCCGGAGGAUUAAGUUUGGCAGCACAAGCCCGAACGAGUCGAGACAGCGAUUUUGACGAGAUGGAGGCGUGGCUUGGACAGACGCCUGGUACCGAAGAAUCGAUGACUAGUAGUGAGUUCGAGAAAUUCCUAGCGGAAAGAGCCGCGGCCGCCGAAGCCUUACCGACAGUAACAAGCACUAAUACCACUAGUACCACUCAACAAGCACCCAAAGACAAGAAAGAGGGUCUGAUUUCCCUGUGAUUUUACAUUCCUAUGGCGUACGUUUAAAAAGAAACAUGCUACACAUAAGCACUAAAAAUAAUUAAUAAGUGUUUGUUACUUAUAUUUUUAAUUUACGAAGGUCAAAGGACGACAAGGCCUUAGACCUUUAAAUUUCAGUUUACUCACCUUAAAAUGUCUUUUUUUGUUAAAUUAUUUCCAUUGACACAAACAAUUCUUAUGUAAGCAGUAAAAGCUUGUUUUUAAUUUACGUUAAAAAUAUUACAUAAAAGUUUUUUCCUUCUUGUAGUGCAAUUAAUGGAAACAACAUAACGUAACAAACAUUUUGAGAUAUUAUGAUAAUACAUAUAAAUUAUGACUAAUCUACUUAUUGCUUGCUUUUUGUGUUUUUAACAACAGUAUUCGAUUCGAUUUAGUCACACCAUACUAUGUAGCUACACCUUCUCCUUAGUUAUUUUUUAGCUAUUUUAUUAGUGGUGAUAGGAUGGUGUUAUUUAAAAGUUUAAUUGAACACAACAGCAGUUCAUAGUAUAUAAUUUAAUUAAACAGAAGAAAUACAACUUCGACCGUGAAAGACACAAGAAAAUAUAUUUUCUUCAGUCAGUCAAUUUAUCUUAUUAAUAAUUGUUUUCAUACUUUUUUGGGCACGGUUUAAUAUAUCAGGCAAUUAUGCAAAUAUAUUGUGCUAUAAUUUUAAAGAAAAUAUGAUUUAUUCCUAGUAUUUAAACUGCAAUGUGUUUUGCUGUAUCAACUUCAGAAGGAAUAGAGAUAGAGGAAGUCUAUUUGUAAUCAAAUAAUAUUAAAUUUUCUAUUGUGAANGUC